ACAGGAGGAGUGUAUGUCAGUGGCAACAAGAGACGCUGAAGAUGGUUUUUCUGACAACCAAAAUGAUGCAAAGAACUGCUCUCUUUGUGACAUUUGGCGGCCUGGUCACUUCUCUUAUCACCACUUUCCUUCCACUGUGGAAGACGAUGAACUCCGAACUGAAUGAAGUGGAGAACUGGUACUCUGGGCUGUGGCACACCUGUAUUUUCACUGAAGAGGUCGGGGUGCAGUGUAAGGCCUACGAGUCCAUCCUGGCGCUGCCUCUGGACUUGCAGAUCUCCAGGGUGCUCAUGUUGGUGUCUAUAGGCACCGGUGCUCUGGCCGUGCUGGUUGCCUUCCCAGGGCUGGAGGGCGUUGAGGUGUGCUCUGGGCAGCAGGGCCUGAAGAGAGGGCUCCUCAUCCUCAGCGGGGUGCUGUCCUGGGUGUCUGCACUCACUACUCUGGCUCCUGUCUCUAUUGUAGCUUAUACAACUGUGGUGGAGUUCUGGGACGAGAAUGUGCCCGAUGUGAUGCCACGCUGGGAGUUUGGAGAGGCAAUGUUCUCCGGAUGGUUUGCAGGUCUCGCCCUGGCCAUUGGAGGUACCCUCUUCUUUAUAGCUGUGUGUAUGGGUGACUAUGACCAGCGGCCACCGAGCCUCCCAAACACCCCCCAGCUGAAGCAAAGGACAAAGCAUUAUCUGAAGACAGAGGUUUUAUAG